AUGGGCUAUCAGGCCCAACUGAAAACAGGCUUAAGAGAGGGGCGACAGUGUUUCGGAAACCUUCCCGUUUUGGAGGCUGUAAACGGAGUGAAUAUAACACCUGAUGACGUUGUCGGUGUAAUUGGCCAGAAGCAAUUCUUUAAAGCCAGAACAGCUAUUGCUAAUCAACAAAGAGCUUUUGCAGUUCAAGUAUUCGAGUUGCAUAGAUUGAUAAAGGUUCAGAGAUUAAUUGCUGCAUCUCCACACCUUUUGCUAGAGGACUCCCCGUAUUUUAAUAAACCCACAAAAGCUUCUUCACCUGCAAAUAAACCCCCGUUGGAUUAUACAGCUAAAUCAAUUCCAGAUAUUCCCAAUCGAAAAGGCGAUGAUUCAUAUAAACCAAUCCAAGAAAAAGAAUGCUCUGCAGAAAACACUGUUGAAAAAACAUCUCUCUCCACUCAAACAAAUCCGUGCUUCCAUCAACAACCGCAAGGUCACCAGUGGCUAAUUCCCGUUAUGUCCCCAUCCGAAGGAUUGGUAUAUAAGCCGUACCCGUUCGUCAGCCAACCCUGUGGAGGGGGCUGCGGCCCCCCUGGAUCGAAUCCAACGGUGGGAAAUUUCUCAACUCCACCACCGCCACAAUAUCAUCAUUUACCUUCUUUCCCUCAGUUCCCCCCCCACGGCUACUUCCCUCCUUACUGUGUCCCGAUUAUGGACACGUCAGCAUUCUCGGGCCCGCCCCCCGAACAGACCAUACGAGCCCCAGCUGCUGCAGGCCCAGCUGUACAAAAAAGCGGGCCCGCUUUAUGGGAUGUCGAAAUGCAAGGGAGCACAGCUAGUAGCCCGAGUGGGAGGCGUAAAAGAGGAAGCAACGGUGUUGAAUUUGAAAGAAGGAAUAUGCUUCCGCUUUUCCCCACUACCCCAGCUGCUGUGGAUGCCUUGAAACCAACGCGGGUGAUUAAGGUUGUGCCCCGUAAUGGAUUGUCUGCUUCGGAAUCUGCUGCGAGAAUCUUUCGGACCAUACAAGAAGAAAGAGAACAGUACAAUUCAAUGUAAGGAUUUAUUAUUAUUAUUAUUAUAUUUUCUUCUUUUUGGUGUAUGUUGUUUAUCCAACUUUUCCAGUCCAGUUAUGCACUGUAAUCUGUUGUAGUAAAUGUGAGCUUGUGGUUGCAAGUUUUAAAGAUGUAGAUUACUUGUGAUUUUUGUUUAGCUAAACCGAAUACUCGAGACGUACAUGUACGGGUUCUGGUAUAUCGUAGUCGUUUCAUUCUUUAAUUCAAAUUGCAUUGGAAGAUGGCA